GCACCAGAAACCUGAUUUUUUUUUUCUCUCUCAAAAGUUGGAGGGUCAAAGUCCACAGUGCCAGUCCCAUAUAUAGAAAAUAGCAGAAACUUGCUCCGUGUAAGCGUUCAAAAUUAUGUACUAGAUUACAAAUUACUCUUCGUGGUACAUCUUGGUUUGAACAACAUCCAUCUGGCGAAUUCGAUUAUGGCGCGAAUCAACAUUGUUUUUGUGGCUGCACUGACGUGCAUAUCGGAAGUAUGCUUCGCCAGCAACAACGAUACCACUACAACGACCACCGGAGCUACAACUAAUGGACCUAAAGAUACCACCACAGGGACUACAACAACUAUUGCAUCCACAACUACAGGAGCCACAACAAUUACCGGGUCUACAACAGGAACUACUGGUAACAUAUCAAGCACCACGCCAUCAGUGACAUCAGGAGGAACAACCUCGGCUCCAGGAACGAGAUGGCGAGUGAAAGAUAAGGAUGGCAAGCUGUGUAUGCUCAUGGACUUUGGUGGGACAAUAACAGACGUAAGUCGGGUAUAUGAUUUUACCACAUGGGUAUAG